GAGGGACCGUUAAAUGGCUUGUGAAAAGCAUUGCCUAAUCUUACAUCAUUUUAACAAAAACAUGCAUUGUCCUCAAGUUGACUGCUACUCACGGUACUCAUACACAAACACAUUGUGUUAUAAGUUGCACGAGCUGCACAGAGAGUACGUUUGGCUGCAAGUGGUGCCAUGUUGCGGGGACUGCGUGUCAGUGAUGCAGCACCAGCCUGCCCGGAUCAGACUACAGCUGCAGUUCAAUCCCCUGUCAAGUGUCCACAAUUGGAGACUACCUCCUUUGACACUGACGUGGUUGUACAUUCCGGCCAGAAUAAGAGCAUCAGUGUACGUGUGGCGGACAUUCAGCCAGACCAGAUGGACAAUGUCCUCUGCCUGUUCACGUACAGCUGGGAAGUGAAGUACUCCACAUGGAAAAUCACGUCCUCCAACCUCGAGUGUGAGGCUCUCCAGUUUGAGUUCUCUGACGUCACGUUGUCCAUAGUAACCGCUCAGUUCACCGUGACGAGUGGGAAGAACAGCGUCCCAUUGGAUAAUCCACAAAAUAUCACAGUCCGCAUCUACAAGUGUGGUACCAUAGUAACCAACUGCGGUCAGUGCCUUAGUAUGGACCCGGAAUACGAGUGUGGCUGGUGUGUGGGUGCAAGCCCCACAUGCUCCUUGCAGACUCUCUGCCCUGCAUCUGACUGGCUCGACCACUCAGCUGUCUGUCCCAACCCUCAGAUACUCGGGGUACGUGUGGCCAUAAUGCAGGAGAUGAUGCCAAUGAUUCACCAUUAGAAGACAUGAUGGUAACGGUGGCCCAGAACUCUGCUCAACUAGAGUUCUAGCAACAUUCUGACAUGCUCACAAACAACAAAACAUACUACCGGGUUCCAACAAAAAGAUUACGAAAGUUUGAUGAUGAAGACUGAAAGGAACAAAGUGCAAGCAGUCAAACAGAUGAAAGAGUCAGCUAGAGUAAAGAGGCAUGCUGAAGAGCAACACAUAGAAACCGAUGACUUUGUAGAAGAUUCAUAUGAUUAUGAUAAUGAUGCCGAUUACAUCUCAUCAGAGGAAAGUGACAGUGAUUGUAAAGGCACAGUAUAUCCAGAACGAGACACAGUGAACAUAUACGUUGAGGAAAGUUUAAAUGUCAUACAAGGAGAUGGAGACAAAGAACAGGUUGAAAUAGGAAAAUCCAGUAUCAAACUAGUGAAUGUACAGAAAGAAACCAUACACAUAGCUACCUCAAAGAAUACUAAUAUGUGUAAUUUUAAUUAAUGCUUCUGCAAUGCUUUGCAAUACCUAAAUAUGUAUAAAGCCAAAAUGAAAACCUCAAGGUGCUUAAAAAAAAAAGAAAAUUAACAUUGUUGAUAAAAAGCUGCCAGCUUUAAUCUCCUGUUUGUUUACAUUAUGUUUGUUUUUGUGCGUAGUAUACAUUCUGUAUCUUAAUAGCGUGUAACAACUAGUCCUCCAUGGUGCAGUGGAAGAGUACUCGCCUGCAGAUCUGGAUGUCUUCAGUUGGAAUCCUUCUACUGGCUUAGUGUUUUUUUUUCCUAGAAUGUUGAAAUUCAAGAAAUGUUUUGAUAAUACACAUUGACAGCAAAAAUACAACGUUUGCAUGUUGAAAUUAGUGAUCAAUCUUAUUGCAUUGUUAUAUUAUAUUAUUGAUUUGAUAUAUAGUGUUAUUUCUUAUUCUGAAAUAUUCGUAUUGACUUACCGGUCCAGCAUCUUUAAACAAUAUACGGAUCAACAUACAAAUGUACCUAAAUAGAAAAAUAACCUAAUCUGUUUAAAUAGCUUGGCAAAGUGCUGACCUGUUUUACACAAUGAAACACAUUUUUUGUAAUAUAGGUUUUAAACUGUUAAUUAUGGUUGUGGUAGAUGCAAUUGAGUUAGAGACUUAAAAUGAAAGUGGCAUGGCUUAUCUAAAAAAAUGUUGUCCAAUCCCUCCUAAUGUGCAGUUGGCAGAUCAUCACAACUUGUAAAUGAAUUAUGAACCAGUAUAAGGCGCUGUCAGUCGCUAUAACACGUUGUCAGUCGUUGAUUUUCGUUGAUUUUGAGUAUUUAUGCGAGUUAAAAUAUUUUAGGUAAGAGUGAAUUAGUAUAUAAAAUAAUAGCCAAUAUAGUAUCUCCUUUACACGAGUGUUGAUUGAGUUUACCAUGCUUUUAUGGUAAAAUAUUUGUUCAGGAUAGAUAUACUAUUUGUCUUGCAUUGUAUUUAUUAUUGCUUCAUUUCAAACAUUUAAAAUGUUCUCCCUUAU